CGCCUGUAGUACCACGAGAGUUCCAGAAACAAGUGCGGGGGUCAGGCUACCGUGCGAUCAAUGUCAAGGAGUUCUACCAGCGAACAGACUGACAAGAGUCACUUUGAAAUCACUGAUCAUAUAUGGGAAUAUUGUUCAGCAAGGUAAUGACCUUUUGAAGAGGUCCUCCCCCCGUCUUCCUUUGUAGUUACUGAUCCACUGGUUCACCAUGUCCGGACAGAUUUGUAGAGCCGUGGAGCUGAUGAUGCGCUCUGCUUACUGCCAGACCAUCAGAAGUAAACCCUGUUUGCACAAGGCAGUGCUGGCACCUGUGGGUCAUUCGGGCCUCUGUGUCUCUGCAGCUUCUGUGCUUCACAGAAGGUCCUACAGCCUAGACUCACUCUCUUCGGGUCCUGGUCGGCCCACACUUGGUCCAAGCUCUCAGCUUCGUUCAGAGAGGACAGCCCCCUCCUCAGCACCCACACAAAGGAACCUGUCUGCUGUGGCUGUACAGGGCCAGUGUCGUCCACUGAGCCGCUACGACUUCCUGGACGUUGGGGAGGUAGAGAACAAUGUACGCCGUGCUCAGGCCUGUAAAGUAGUCCGACACUUCAUAGUAGACCCAGACCUGGCGAAACUGGUAACGUCGCAUUUGGAGCCUGAGGAUCCUAAAACUAUCAUCUUUGAAUGUAACCCAGGCCCUGGGGUGUUGACUAGGACACUGCUAAAUGCUGGCGCUCAGAGAGUUGUGGCCCUUGAAGGGUAUCGGCCUUUCGUAGAGGAUCUACAGGAGUUGAAAGGUUGUCUUGAUGGCCAGCUGGAAGUGUUUCACUGUGACUUCUUUAGACUGGACCCAGUUGACGAAGGAAACUUUAAACCCCCUGUCAUGUUCUCUGACAAACUGUUCACUGACCUGGGAAUAUCGGAGACUAGCUGGACUGAUGACAUCCGAGUGAAGGUGGUGGGGAUCCUCCCCCUGCGUUAUGAGCGCCCCUUGCUGCUGAAGAUGGCUUAUGCUUUGUUUGAGAGGCUGUCCAUCUACAGAUAUGGAAGAAUAGAACUCAACCUCUUAAUAAGCGAGGAGGAAUAUAUGAAAAUGGUGGCAAGUCCAGGUGACAUGGUCUACUACAGAGCCUGCAGUGUCCUCUGGCAGAUGUCCUGUGAUAUCGAACUACUGCACAAGGAGCCCUGGGGGUCAUUUGUGAGGUCUUCAAAAAAAAGUGUGCGUGCUUCUAAAGGCAAGCUUCCCAAUGACCACAUGUGCCUGGUGCGCCUGCGCCCAAGGCCUGAUCUCUUCUCAGACGGCCUCACUCCUUCCAAUGCUUCAACUCUGGUGGUUAUGGUCAAACAGUGUCUGGCAAAGAGGAAGGCCAGGCUCAUUGACAGGCUCAACCUGUGGUCUCCAGAUAGUGGGAGUAAGCUGUUAUCGGAGAUGGGCAUGUCGCAGGAUGUACUGACAGGCAAUGUGUAUCCAGAGGAGUAUCUUCAACUGUUCCAGCUGAUGGACAGGAGUCAGGAGUUCAAACAGAGCUGGCUUUAUGAAGAGAUCAUGCAAAACACACAGGGUUGGUAAUGUGUAUAGAUUUAUAGAAAUUGAAAUACAAUAGUAAACAAAAACAAACAUAUAAUAUAAUAUAAUGAUAAUGUAAUAUAAAUAAUACAACAAUUUGGGAUGUAAUAAAAUGGAGUGACACAGAAGAUUCAUACAGAAACACAAAAUAAUAAGUAAAAUGUUCAUGAAAUGAAUGCAGCAGAAUAACUUGACAUAUUUUUGUUUCCUAACAUUACACGCUUCUGUAGGAAUGACUGAAGUGAUGUAAAUAUGUGUUGCUUACUGUACUUAAGUACAAUGGAGGAAGACUUCUGUGUUGUCCUGAGCCGAUAUUUACAUGAGUUGCAAUUUAGGACAAAAAUUCAGAAAUGGAAAUGGUUCUUUUUGGAUCCUCACUUGAGUUAUUUGACUGCCAGGAGGAUAAAAUUGGUUGCUGCAGUGAUAAGAUUUGUAAAUAGUUGCAGAACGAAGGUUUUAUGAUGAGUUAAAUCAUAUAAAAGAGAAAAAAUCCCUGUAUGAAGACAAAAGCAGCACGUCAAAGGGGGCUGAAAAGCCCUCAUGGCUGCACAGGGUCAUGCAAAUUAUAUAAUUCAGAAAUGUGCAUAUAUUCAAAUGAUUGAUUAAAAUGCAGGAUACUGUGACAGCAGUUUCACAACACAACCCUGCAUGUAUCUUUAUAUUGCCUCAUUUUCCAAACCUGGAACAGCAGUGCAGGAAGGAGGAUGGUUUUCGCUGUAUAGUAACAAGUCUUUGUAUAGUUUUCUAUAUGCAUUGUAUGUCCAAGCUUUAAAUGUCUGAAAUGUCAUGUCUCAUGGAUCGUGUAAGCUGUGUAUGGAAUUUAAUAAAACAAAACCAACUUAUUAAAUCACAAUUUUGAUAA